CUUACCUCUCUUUUUAUGUCACAUUCUUUCUCUUUCCCCCUUUUCCCGUUCGUCAUCUUCUGUUUCCCGUUAGUCCAAAACAAGAAAUCUCACCCCCGCAUAGAACCACCCCCCCUCCCCCAAACCACCGUAACCCAUCCCACCCCAUACUACGACACUCCAUCAUUAUUAUGAUUAUUAAUUUUCUGCUUGAUCUGCACACACCUUUUCUGAUUGGACAAGGAACGAACCCCACGCUGGAAGCGGUGGAGAGCCUGCCGUAUACGUCACCAGUUCCUGUGCCAAUACUGUGCCCCGUGAGUCGCGCGCGCCCCCUGCCUUAGCAACAGACGCCACGCCAUUUCGUCACCAAGAGAGUCUGACAGCGCUCGCAAGAGAGCGUAGGUAGAUACCGCUGUUUAAAAACCAUAACGCUUACCGCGUGAACGGAGCAAACCAUUAAGAAAGCAGGAAAAACAAGAAUUGAUUUAGACACGGAACCCACAGCAGCUAGAACUUUGAGCUUCUUUAGAAUCCUUGAGACUCCGCCAGCAACUUAGUUUGAAACCAAAGCAGAGAAACGAAUUUUGUGUUUUUAUUAAUUCCAACAAAUUUUUGGCGAAGUUUGAAAAAGUUUGUUCCGAAAGCUGAAAGAGUUCCGACUGCAGAAACAGAAAAAACCACAGACAGAACAAUCUACAAGAAACAUACAAUGAAGCAAGCUCACCUGUCCCUUGCACUGGUAAUUGGACUCGUGUCCUUGACCCUAUGUAACUCCGCCCCCAUGGACAGCUCGGCGGAAGCGGCUUCAUACAUGAAGUGGCCAGAAAUAGAGUCCGAAGGGGAGCAAUACUGGGACCUUCCAAAAGAACCAUCCGCUUUGAAACCACAAUCGACGGGAAGCGACCUUGAAGGUGACGUCAGCUUAGGGUCAGAUUUCACGCAACCAAAGAACAGGCUACCUUUCGUACUCGACGAGAACUUGCUGUUGAGGCUGAGAAACGAACUUGCAGCCCUCCGAGACCAUCAGCUGGCAGCGUCAGACCAACAGGGGUCGGGUAUGGAGAAAAAGUUCAAGCCGAGCGGGUUUAUGGGCAGCAGAGGCAAGCGGUUUAUGCCAGGACUUGAGUCUCUCCUUCUGGCCAAAUAUUAUCAAGAUGCAAAAUGGAAGAGGCAGCCCCAUCUGGGAUUCCACGGAUCACGGGGAUGAGAAGUGUCCCUGACCUUGCUCUUGACUUCAGGCAAGCUGAGUCAUUGGCGCUGUCUCCAGAAACAAGGACGACACGUUGUUCUGUAGAUGAUGAUGCUUUUAGUACCAAGAAGGAUGGGGUGGGGGUGGGGGUGGGGAGGGUGGGCAGGGGGUGGUAGUGGGAUUAGUUUAUGGAUUGGCUGAGAUGUAGUGAAUGUAUUUGCUCAUUAAAAGUAAAAACAGACAAAAAUUAGUGUUGAGUCAUUUUCUUUCUUUGUUUUUCGGUCUAACUCUAAACCAACUACAACUAUUUUUAUGCUGGGCAUGUGGGGAGUAAUGUGGGAAGAUUAUAAUACCAUACUUAUUAAAAAUGUAUAUUCAAAACAGAAA